AAGGAUAAAAAAGGUACUGACGACGAAGAAGAAACUACAGAGAAAAGGAAAGAACAGAAAGCUGUCAAUAAACCUCUCAGAGAUAAUGAGAAAGAUGAUGAAAAUAAAGAGGAGGUGAAUGAAGACGGGGAAAACACAACACCAAAGAAUCAUAAGACUGAUAAACGUCGACGAAAAAGAGGAAAAUCAAAAAAGAGAAAAAAGAGAGAUGAUGAAAACUCUGAAGAAAAUGAAGAAGACGAGGAGAAUGAAGGAGACGAAAAUUUAAUGUUUUCUGAUGCUGUGAGAGAUGAUGAAGAAUCUGAUGAAAAUAAUGAAAAUGUGGAUGAUGUUCAGAAUAAUGAUAAAUUAUCCUCUGAUGACGAG